ACUUUCUAUUCAUUAUUUUAUAACCUAAAAAUUUGUUUUGAUAUUUGAUGUUAAUUCGAAGUUUAAUUUAUUGAAAAAAACGAAUUGAAAUACUUAUUUUUUGUAAAAAUUAUUAUAAUUUAGUGUUUUUCUAAUUGAUACUUUAAUUAAAGUGUUAUAUUUGAUCCCAGGUUUAUUUUAUGGGAAAAUAGUAUCCAAAAACAUCGUAAUUUCGAUAAGAUCCUGUUUCAAACCGCAAGGACAAGGAAGUGGCGAGGUUAAAUUAAAAAAAAAAACAGCAUUUUUGGAGCACGUAAUGUAUCAAGAAACGACUGGAAGGGAAUUUCCGGAAUACUUUUCCGAAAAAGGUCCGUUACAAACUAAAAUAACACCGAUUUCUUUCGGUAACGAUGUAUACUGGAUGUCCUCGUUACUUUACAAACAAAACGAGCCGUUUAAUACCGUUACUUUAAGACCGUACGACGAUAACGAUACGGAAUUGGUGAAUUGCGAAGAAAUAGACGACGAUUACGACAUUAUUUUAACGAAAACCGGAAAAUUCACGACUUCGUUUUACGUACCAUCGAGUUUAUUAUCGUACAUUGUCGGAACUAAAGCCACGAAAUUGAGAAAUUUGGAAAAAACGACCAAUACGCAAAUUAAAGUACCGAAACCGAACGAAAAAGGCAACGUAAAGAUAAUCGGGGAUACGGAAAGAAGAGUAGCAUCAGCCAGAACCCAAAUAAACAUGAUAGUGAUGCAAAGAAAGGAUAAAUUACCCGUCAGCCAUUUCGUAUCGAUACCGAUGGUAUCGGAAUCGAUUAAAGAUAAAUUCGAAAAAUUCAAACGGGAAAUUUUACAAAAUCCCGCCAGGGGAGUGACGGAAUCAAUUUUUCAAAACCCGGAAAAGUUACAUCUUACGAUAACCACGUUAACCUUAGUGGACGAAGAGGAAAUAAAUACCGCCAAAACCGUAUUAAAUACUUGUUACGAAGAAAUUAUAUCGAAGAUUUUCGAUAAAAAUAAAAAAUCGAGGAUCCGUUUGAAUGGUUUGGAAAUAAUGAACGACGAUCCUUACGACGUUAACGUUUUGUACGGAAACGUCGAAAUGGAGGAUAUCGAAAAAUUGCGACGCGUCGCCGAUACCGUCGUCGGGUAUUUCCGUAAAUCCGGUUUGACUAAAAAGCAAUACGACAAAGUUAAAUUGCACGUGACGUUAAUGAAUACGAAUUUUAGACGACCGGAAGAGAGAAGGGAAACUUUCGACGCCGACGAUAUACUUAAAAAAUAUAAAAAUUAUUUUUUCGGUGAAGUCGAGUUCAAAAAUAUACAUUUGUCGGUUAGAUUCACCGGAAAUGAUCAGUAUUACGAUUCCAUACUUGUGCUUGAUAUCGAUAAAUAAAGAUUUUAACUAA